AUGCUGACAGACGACCUACCGUGGCCCGAGCUGGGCAACGUUUCUCGCGGAGCUACGAGAGGUAAUCAAGGGCAAAAGGGCAUUCUGGGGCCUCCAGACGCCGAGGGCCGAUGCGUGUUGCAGCUCCGAGUGCAGCCUGGUGUUCUCGCUGUACGUCUUAACCGCAAAGCAAGCGAUUGGUAUCGUCUACUUGACGGCGAAGUCAACCGUGCGCUGAAGCUGACAAAGACGUACUGGAGGAAAGCGAGACGAAGGCAAGAUUACGAUGCCCGGGCCGACCAAGACCACAUGGAACUGCACGAGUGGCUUCAGCAGCUCAAGGACAAGGUCAUGUCGCACCUGGAGUUGCUGAUGCAGAAGGGAGAGAUACAAGGUCCCCCUUACCUCAUGGCUGACCACCUUGAGCUUACGUUUUUGCGGAAAUUCAUCGAGCGACAAGCGGCCGGGAUCCCGCAUAACCCUCGUCUUCGACGGAACUAUAUCCACACGGCGACAGCAGUGUCAAAUUUACAAACGUUCCAGGGUCAAGGCGAAGCGUCGACUAGUCACAAUCAACCCGUUGCAGUUUGGGAUGAAGGAGACCGAAUUGAUCACGAUCAGGGCUCUACCAUCUCGACAGAGCCAGUGGAUGGAGACAAUAUGCGGUCCUUGCUAAAUGACAUGGAAACUAGUCGUGUGGCUUUAGCAAAAGCACGGGCGGAGCUGACUCGUGCCCAGAGAGAGACCCAGGAGGCAUUCAGAAGAUACACAGCCUGUCUGGAAGAGGAGCAACAAGCUCGUCAACGCGUUACAGGCAUUGAAGAAAAGCUUGACAUUUUCAGUAUGUCUGCUUUAUAA